UGGGUCGCAAAUAAUAUUGAAAGUCUAAUUUGUCUAACUUCCAACCCUUACCGGUGCAGCGAAGCUCCUAAAAGUUACAAAGUGACGGUUUCUCUCUGAUGGCGCUAUUGAUACCCAGAGGCGGUGGGUGCGUACGAUUAGGCGUGUCUCGGCCGGCGCAUGUUAGAAAGAGGCUUAUUGCGUUUGCUACCAUGACCCCUCCCAGAACCAGUCCCCGUGGCGAUGUCGUGGACUGGGUUGAAGCAACUUCGGGCUUCUUCCAGAACGAUACCAGGCCCAUCAUGUUAUUUGACGGUGUUUGCAACUUAUGUAACGGAGGUGUAAAGUUUGUACGUGAUAACGAUCGUAACAGAAGCAUAAGGUUUGAGGCUCUCCAGAGUGAAGCUGGCAAGAAACUGCUAAGGAGGUCAGGAAGAGCACCCGAUGAUAUUUCAAGUGUUGUUCUUGUUGAAAAAGAUGGAUCACAUAUAAAGUCAGAAGCUGUUUUGAAGAUAAUGGAAUACAUAGACUUGCCCUUUCCCCAGCUAGCAUUCUUUCUGCAGUUUGUACCGCUGUUCGUCAGAGAUUUUGUAUAUGACAAUGUCGCAAACAACCGUUACACGUUUUUUGGUCGUUCAGACUCAUGCGAGAUAUAGUCUAGUUUAGUUCAUCACUGCUGCAAAUGUAUUACUAAUGAUUGAAAAUUCAGAGAUAAAGAGACUUGAUGUUUAAGCUAAUAGUGUAAGUAGUUAAACAAAAAAAAAAAAAAAAGGAUCUUAUGUACUAUUCAAUAGCAAUAUUUGUUCGUAUGGUAUAACAGCCCUUGUAUUCCUUUAUCUUA